CAAUGAAGUGCUUAUUGUCGUUUCUACUGGCUGUAUGCCUACUAAGUGGCUUGGCACAGUCUCUACACUGUCCAACAAGGCCUGAUAUCAACGUUACUUGCGAUAAAUCUGGCACGCAGAAAUACACGCUGAUUGGCAACAAAUAUUACUUUGCUAGUGAAUCUAAAGUCAAUUGGAUUGAAGCAGUGCACACUUGUCGACGUUAUGGCGGCGAUUUGGCCACAAUUGAAAAUGCAGCUGAAAUGCACGCUAUAUCAACAUAUCUAAUUGGUCAGCACUAUGAUGCUAACCAUUGGCUUUGGAUCUCUGGCAAUGAUCUCGUUACAGUUCGUAAUUUCAGUUCCAUUGCCACUGGUAUGCCAUUGACCUAUUUUAAUUGGUCAGCCGGUCAGCCAGACUAUCCGAACUUGGAGCAUUGCAUACACUUGUGGCUCAAAGGAGCUGAGUUCAAAAUGAAUAACUGGCAGUGCAACGAAAAGGCUUAUUACCUAUGUGAGCGUCAAAAUGAUGCGCGUUGCUGGGAUGGUUUUUAAACUAUUUUCCUAGACAUGUUACAGUAAAUAAAUACAACACUUAUGUGCACAUUAAUAUUGAAAAUAAAUGGCUAUAUAUGAAGCCCUCAGUUUUAGAUACAUGGCCAUGAUGACAACGAGUUUGAAAUUUCUGCUGCAA